AUGCCAGCUUUAAUUCUUUUAAUUUUCCAAAAACAGAUUCUCUCUCUUGAGAACCUCACGGUGGAAACAACGAACGCACGCGGUGGAGGAGAAGUACUCACGGCGGCGGCUGGUGAAGCCUCACGACGACGCCGCCGUGAAAUUUCCAGUUUCGAAAAUUUUUCAUAUCACCGUGUUCGGUUUUGUCUCCGCAGUCUAAAUCUCCAACUAAUUUUCAAAGAAAAUCAAAUAAUUGCACAAGAUCUACAAAAGUUUUUUUGA